GGUCACGUCGGGAAUAGGAUUGCGUAAACAUGGCGGCCCGCAUGCUAAUCCUUGAAUUCAUUUAUUAGUUCCAUAAACUGUCUUUCUUUCUUCUCCCUGCUGUCUUUUCAAAACACUCCAACGACAUGUUUCAUUUUGCACGUUGCGGUCGAUUGACACGCGGCACUGUCACGUCAGAUCGACUUCUGAACUCCCAUAAAACUAGAGAUUUCAUGAUCCACCACCUCAAUAGACGUGGUCAUACAGCAUCAUGGAGCAGUGCACCAACCCCAUCCUCACAGACCUCUGUCAGCGCUCCCGCUCGCAUAUGGAGACAAGCUCAAAAAGUGCUCCGUCUAGCAUCCAGACAGCAGCCCGGGCCACCAAACAUCACUCUGAAAUUCAUCUUAGGACCCGCUGCUUUGACAGUGACAGCCCGCUUGCUUGGCACCGUGGCUCAUUGUGAAGCAGAUGUGAACAAUAAUGUCCCGCUGGAAGUUCAGGCGAAAGAGAAGAUUCCUGAAUUCAGCUGGGCCGUCCUGUGGGAGUUCGUUCGGCCCCAGCUUUUCGCCCUCAUAGGAGCCGUUAUCCUUGCGUUUGGAGCAGCGGCCCUUAAUAUUCAGAUUCCUCUGAUGUUGGGGGAUCUUGUGAAUGUCGUCGCUCGCCACAUGAGAGAACAAGCAGGUCAUUACAUGAGAGACAUCAAAGCGCCCGCAAUGAAGCUGCUCGGACUGUAUGGAUUACAGGGUCUGUUGACCAGUGGCUACAUCAUUCUGCUCUCUAGAGUCGGAGAGAGAGUAGCAGCUGACAUGAGAACAACCCUCUUCGCCUCUCUGCUUCGACAAGACGUUGCAUUUUUUGAUGCGAACAAGACCGGGCAGCUGGUUAAUCGCCUGACGUCAGACAUCCAGGAGUUUAAAUCAUCCUUCAAGCUGGUUAUUUCUCAGGGUUUGCGCAGUGCCACGCAGACAGUGGGCUGUUUUGCGUCGCUGUACGUCAUCUCUCCCAAACUCACAGGUCUCACUGUGGUGGUCCUGCCGUGUCUGGUGGGGGCCGGCGCGCUCAUCGGCUCUUUUCUUCGUAAACUGUCACGGAAAGCGCAGGAACAGGUUGCAAAAGCUACCGGAGUGGCCGACGAGGCUCUUGGUAACGUGAGGACAGUGAGAGCGUUUGCCAUGGAGGAUCGAGAACUGGAGAUGUAUGCCGUUGAAGUCCAGAAGUCAGCUGCGAUGAAUGAGACGCUGGGCACUGGAAUUGCUGUAUUUCAGGGCCUGUCUAAUAUUGUCCUGAACUGCAUUGUCUUAGGCACUAUUUUUGCUGGUGGGUCUUUGAUGGCUCGUAAUGACAUGUCACCUGGUGAUCUAAUGUCUUUUUUGGUCGCCUCUCAAACAGUUCAGAGAUCUCUUGCCAGCAUCUCAAUUCUCUUUGGACAGAUGGUUCGGGGUAUGAGUGCAGGGGCCCGUGUGUUUGAGUUCUUGACUCUGGAGCCCACCGUUCCUCUCACCGGAGGAGGUCGUAUCCCGCUCAAGUCUCUGACGGGAAGAGUUGACUUCAUGAACAUCAAUUUCAGCUACCCAACAAGACCUGGAAACCAGAUCCUUAAGAACUUCAACCUGACUCUACCUCCCUCUAAAACCGUUGCCAUCGUUGGCGAGUCUGGCGGAGGCAAAUCCACAGUGGCUGCCUUAUUGGAGCGGUUCUAUGACCCCAGCAGUGGAGUGGUUAUGCUGGACGGGCUGGACAUCAGAACACUAGACCCAUCCUGGUUAAGAGGACAUGUUAUUGGGUUCAUUAGUCAGGAACCUGUUCUUUUUGGUACCUCAGUGAUGGAGAACAUCAGGUUUGGAAAGCCUAGUGCCACAGACGCUGAGGUCAUGGCUGCUGCCAAACAAGCCAAUGCUCAUAAUUUCAUCACAGGAUUCCCGGAUAGAUAUAACACAGUGGUUGGUGAACGUGGAGUGACUCUAUCUGGAGGCCAAAAGCAGCGAAUCGCUAUCGCUCGAGCCCUUAUCAAAAACCCCAGCAUCUUGAUUCUGGAUGAAGCCACCAGCGCGCUAGAUGCUGAGUCUGAGCGCGUGGUUCAAGAGGCACUGGACCGAGCCACAACGGGACGCACCGUUCUGAUUAUCGCUCACCGUCUCAGCACCAUACAGGGGGCUGAUCUCAUCUGCGUAAUGAGCAAUGGACGUAUUGUUGAGGCUGGAACUCACCUGGAACUACUGAGCAAAGGAGGGCUGUAUGCUGAACUCAUAAAGAGACAACGAUCCGAUGGCCACAAAUGAAAUACUGUACUUUCUGUGCACACUUCAUCAAACACAAAGUUAUUUUAAAUGAAAUUAUUUUAAAGACAAUUUCAUUUGGUGCUCUGUCAAAGAAAAUGAGCUUUAGUGAAUAUUCUUUGUUUUGAGUUUUGUGUAUUGUAAAAUAGAUACAUUUCAGUGUUGUAAUGGUAGCCGAACUGUUUUUAAUACUGACUGAAAUGUAUAAAAAGUAUACUUAAAGUAUUUUUUUUUUCAAUAAACCAAGAUGUACAUUUUAAUUUGAAAUAUAUAUUAUAUUCUAAUACCACUGUGUUUCUACUGUCUUCCAUUAAAAUUGAAGUAUAAUAAAAUGAAAUAUUGU